CGCAACAACCAGGAGUGGGAUUUGGUGCAGCCCAAUUCCCGCCUCCCGUCUCGUACCAAUACAUAUUAGAAGAACUUCAUUUAACCCUAAUUAGCGGCAAUACCCUCCUCUCAGCCCUGCUUGGCGAUACAACCGUCCCGGUAACACAGAGUCAUGGAGUACACUCGAGGGAUAGCAAUGGCCGCCCUUGUCGCGAUGGUGUCCUUCCUUGUGGUAUCCCAUGUAAACUGCGGCCCCUUAGACAGAGCCAAGUCUCAUUCAAUCCAAAAAAGGACCAUCCUCCAAAUGUGCGGCCUGAUCACGCUCCACACCAAUCGGAGCUGCCUUGAGUACAAUGGAUACGGGUGUUUCUGUGGCCUCGGGAACCAAGGGAGGAAACCGUUAGACGAUGUGGAUACAUGCUGCCGGAAGCACGACAACUGCUACGGGGAGGUGUCCUGUUUCUGGUUUUACCCCCAGUGGGUGGGAUACGGAGUACAAUGUGACGGAUCAAACUGCCGCUGUACAGAUUCGCCAGUUCACAAUGCUUGCGCCUACACGACCUGUCGGUGUGAUCUGCGGCUGGCCGAGUGUCUGGGCGAGGCGGACUUCCACGGCUACUAUCAACGCUACAACCGCCAGCUAUGCAACCAUCGAGUAGAAAACGACCCCGACGAUUGAUUCUUUCGACAGUAGUCGGCAGGUUUCGGUAUAUUUCGGUUCUGCCGAGAACAGCCGACUCUUACCGACACACUUUGAAAUGGCAAUAUUAUUUAAACCGGUAAUGCAACAAUAAUGCAAUUUGUGAGAAUAAGAUUUUUAUCAUCUUAAUUAUACAUUGUAUUUUACAAGUUUUUGAAUGCAGUAAGUUGUUACUGUUGGUUAUUAUUAUUAUUAUUAUUAUCAAUUAUUAACAUUCAGUGUUCGAGAUUUGGUUUCUUCAAUGUUGUGUGAUCUGCAAAACGAUAAAUCGUCUCAAAUAAUUUAACAGAAUAUCUAAUUUUUAAUUUAGUCGUCACUUUUUCAUGUUUAUUUUAUUUUUGAUUUAUUUCAUCUGGUUUUGUGUCUACUUCUUACGGGGGGGGGGGGGGGGGGG